AUGGACUUUAUUUCUUUUCAAUGUGCUUUUAGUGCAUUGUUUUCUUCCCCAAGGUUAUGCUCGUGUUUAAGUGUCUUCGCUAGACUUAUGAAUGGGUAUACAGACAGUUCUGUGCAUACUCAAAAUAUGACUCAAUCAAAUAAUUUUGCAUCGCCUAAUAAAAGAGAAAGAACAGUGAAUAGUAAUCCUCACUCUUUUUCUCUCUCACCAAAAACUAUCGAGCAUCCCAGUCAAGCUUCUUCUCCAACAAAUCUAAUAAAUAGUCUUCCUAACGUAGUAGAAACCGCAACUGUACCAAACUUCCAGUAUAAACCAACAUGCAUCAUACGUGAAACACAUAGCCAAUCUGUUUUCGGUGUUGCGUUUAAUUCAGUCAACCGAAGUCAACCAACUGAUCCGCUUCUUUUUGCUACAGUUGCUAGUCACUAUGUUACAGUUUAUCAAUGUAGUCUGAAGAAUAAUCCGGAAGAUAAAUCUAUUCAGAGUUCUGAUAUGUCAUCUGUUAGUCUACUCCAAUCUUUUGCCGAUCCUGCUGGAGAUAAAGAAGAGUUUUAUUGUUGUGCUUGGUCGCGUGAUACAAGUGGUAAUGUAGCAUCUAGUUGGUGGACUGAUUGUUGUGAAAGUCGCCGACCACGUCCAACUCUUCAUCCUCAUCAAGGUCCCAUCAGCUCUUCCAGUGGAUCACUUCUACCUGCUCAUCAGCAAGUAGUAGCUGCUGCAGGUAAACGUGGUGUAAUUCGAAUCCUCUGUCCUAGUAUGGCUAGUUGUCCUGCUAGUCUUGUUGGCCACGGAUCAUCUAUUAAUGAGCUAAGAUUUCACCCAAGAGACCCUGCUCUACUAUUUUCUUUUAGUAAAGAUUAUACCAUUCGUUUGUGGAAUAUAGCUAGUCACGUGCUCGUAUGUAUUUUUGGUGGAGCUGAAGGUCACCGAGCUGAAGUUUUACAUGGUGACCUAUCCCUUACAGGGGAUCUUCUGCUAUCUGCCGGUAUGGAUCAUUGCGUGAAAAUUUGGCGGCUUAAUACUCCUGAAUUAGCCAAUGCGGUAAUAGAUUCAUUUAAUUACCGCUCACGUUCGAAUCCUAAGCCGUUCCCUGUGCUCGUUCAACACUUCCCUGAAUUUAGUUCCCGUGAUGUACAUGGCAAUUAUGUUGACUGUGCCCGUUGGUUUGGCUCUUUAGUCAUAUCAAAAUCGUGUGAAAACAGUGUCACACUCUGGAAGCCUGGUGGACUAGAUGAUUCCUCAGCAAAUAUUCCUAGUUUAUGCAAUGGGUCUCCAAGUAAUACUUCAACAGAUGUUGGUGGCCUGCGUUUGCCGAGUCGGAUGCAACAUAUUGGCUCAUACACAGGUCCUGAAUCGCCUAUCCCCCCAGCACCUGGUGUCCCAACCGAACACAAGACAAGCAUUAUCCAUCAGUUAAAAGCUACUGACUGUAACUUAUGGUAUAUUCGUUUUGAUAUAGAUUUAAAGAAUCAUGUUCUGGCUUUGGGUACAGGAACUGGGCCAUCACGUGUCUAUUUGUGGGACUUAAAAUAUCCUGAAAAUGCUCUUAAUCUCCCAGCUCAAGUACUUCAUUUCCCUACAGUUAGUGGAGUUGGUCCCGGUGGUAUGCCUUUAAGUCACAGUGCCAUUAGACAAACUCGUUUUGCUAACGAUGGAGAUAUUCUUUUGUGUAUAACCAGUUCAUCAUAUCAUUGCUUGUGCAAUGGUUAA